UCCCCACUGUCCCCAGGCCAUCGUGGAGCGCUGGCUGUGGCAGCAGCGCCGGCUGCGCCGGCAGGACCUGGGCCGGGCUGAGUUCCUGCGUGAGGUUUGGCGCUGGAAGGAGCGGCACGGGGACGAGAUCCUGCAGCAGCUGCGGGCGCUCGGGGCCUCGCUGGACUGGAGCCGCUGCGCCUUCACCAUGGACCCCGGCUUCUCCCGCGCUGUCACCGAGGCCUUCGUGCGGCUCUUCCGGGCGGGGCUGAUCCGGCGCGACCAGCGGGUGGUGACGUGGAGCUGCGCCCUGCGCUCGGCGCUGGCCGACGUCGAGGUGGAGCCCCGUGUCCUGACGGGCCCCACGGCGCUGAAUGUCCCCAACUGUCCCCACCCCGUCACCUUCGGCGUACUCGUCACCUUCGCCUACCCCGUGGAGGGGGACGACG